CCUGAUAAACGCAUGCGGACUACCGAAAGCAGCGGUCGUUGGCGGUUCACCGACUCGAGCGGGGACCUGCGGUGAGAGAUUUAUUUGAAGAAAAGCCCUCAGCUGGAAGCAAACCACGACUGAAGACGAGGGAACAGCAGCAAGUGAACCAGCCCGAGGACUGAGAGCACCGACUGGAGAGAAACCCAUCUGACUCAGGGUUUCCAUUGAUUCAGUCAGGAGCAAGUCUGGAGUGCUCAGGGGAAAUACUCAUGUUACCUGUGGUUAUUGUGGCGAUGCAGAAGUUGCUGGAGAAUUUACAAGUGCGAAGUGAUAUUUGGAAAUCUGACAUUUUAAAGUGUAAUUUAGCAAGCAAAUCGCAUAUGGACAAAGUGCAAAAGCUCUGGUUAAAUAUGACAAGGAAUUUGUCUAUGGGAAUCUCGAACACAACACGCCAGUUUUGCUGUCUCUGUCCAGAUAUUUAAGAAGAGGAGCAAGGGAUUCACUCAGUCAUUUCAACUGAAGGUACAUCAGCAAGUUCACACUGGACAAGGCCAUUCACCUGUUGUAAGUGUGAGAAGGGAUCCAGUCAGUUAUCCCACUUGUGGACACACCAGUCAGGUCACACUGGGCAGAGGCUGGUCAUUUGCUGAAUUUGUGGGGAAUGGUUCACUCGAUCAUCUAACCGAAUGGCACACCAGCAUGUUCACACUGGAGAAAUGCCGUUCACCUGCUCAGACUGUGGGAAGGGAUUCACAAAAUCAUCUCAACUACUGAGACACCAGUCAGUUCACACUGGGCUGAGGCUGGUCAUUUGCUGAAUUUGUGGGGAAUGGUUCACUCGAUCAUCUAACCGAAUGGCACACCAGCAUGUUCACACUGGAGAAAUGCCGUUCACCUGCUCAGACUGUGGGAAGGCAUUCACUAUAUCAUCUCACCUACUGAGACACCAGUCAGUUCACACUGGCGAGCGGCCGUUCACCUGCUCAGACUGUGGGAAGGCAUUCACUUCUUCGUCCCAUCUGAAGGUACAUCAGCGAGUUCACACUGGAGAGAGGCUGUUCACUUGCUCAGACUGUGGGAAGGGAUUCACUUCUUCGUCCCAACUGAAGGUACACCAGCGAGUUCACACUGGGGAGAGGCCGUUCACCUGCUCAGAAUGUGGGAAGGGAUUCACUUGCUCAUCUAAACUGAAGGUACAUCAGAGAGUUCACACCGGGGACUGGCCGUUCACCUGCUCAGACUGUGGGAGGGGAUUCACUUCUUCGUCCCAACUGAAGGUACAUCAGCGAGUUCACACUGGGGAGAGGCCGUUCACCUGCUCGGACUGUGGGAAGGGAUUCACUUACUCGUCCCAACUGAAGGUACAUCAGCGAGUUCACACUGGAGACAGGCCAUUCACCUGCUCAGUCUGUGGGAAGGGAUUCACUCGGUCAUCCACCCUAAUGGCACACCAGCGGGUUCACACAGGGGAGCAGCCGUUCACCUGCUCAGAAUGUGGGAAGGGAUUCACUUGCUCAUCUAAACUGAAUGAACAUCAGCGAGUUCACACUGGAGAGAGGCCAUUCACCUGCUCAGACUGUGGGAAGGGAUUCAGUAAAUCAUCUGACCUACUGAGCCACCAGUCAGUUCACACUGGCGAGCGGCCGUUCACCUGCUCAGACUGUGGGAAGGGAUUCACUUGCUCAUCUGAACUGAAGGUUCAUCACCGAGCUCACACUGGGGAGAGGCCGUUCACCUGCUCAGACUGUGGGAAGGGAUUCACUCGACCAUCCCACCUACAGUUGCACAGGUCUGUUCACACUGGGGAGUGGCCGUUUACCUGCUCAGUCUGUGGGAAGGGAUUCACUUGCUCAUCUAAACUGAAGGAACACCAGAGAGUUCACACUGGAGAGAGGCCAUUCACCUGCUCAGACUGUGGGAAGGGAUUCACUUCUUUGCCCCAACUGAAGAUACAUCAGCGAGUUCACACUGGAGAGAGGCCAUUCACCUGCUCAGAGUGUGGGAAGGGAUUCACUAAAUCAUCCUACCUACUGAUCCACCAGUCAGUUCACAAUGGCGAGUGGCUGUUCACCUGCUCAGACUGUGGGAAGGGAUUCACUCAGUCAUCUAAACUGAAGUUACAUCAGCGAGUUCACACUGGGGAGUGGCCAUUCACCUGCUCUGAAUGUGGGAAGGGAUUCAUUAAAUCAUCCCACCUACAGUUGCACAGGUCUGUUCACACCGGGGAGAGGCCGUUCACCUGCUCAGACUGUGGGAAGGGAUUCACUUGCUCAUCUAAACUGAAGAUACAUCAGCGUGUUCACACCGGGGAGAGGCCAUUCACCUGCUCAGUGUGUGGGAAGGGAUUCACUCGGUCAUCUGAACUGAAGGUACAUCGGCGAGUUCACACUGGGGAGAGGCCGUUCACCUGCUCAGACUGUGGGAAGGGAUUCACUAAAUCAUCUCACGUACUGAGACACCAGUCACUUCACAGUGGCGAGCGGCCGUUCACCUGCUCAGACUGUGGGAAGGGAUUCACUUGCUCAUCUCAAAUGAAGGUACAUCAGCGAGUUCACACUGGAGAGAGGCCAUUCACCUGCUCAGACUGUGGGAAGGGAUUCACUUGCUCAUCUAAACUGAAGGAACAUCAGAGAGUUCACACCGGGGUCUGGCCGUUCACCUGCUCAGACUGUGGGAAGGGAUUCACUUGCUCAUCUAAACUGAAGGUACAUCAGAGAGUUCACACCGGGGUCUGGCCGUUCACCUGCUCAGACUGUGGGAAAGGAUUCACUUCUUCGUCCCAACUGAAGGUACAUCAGCGAGUUCACACUGGAGAGAGGCCAUUCACCUGCUCAGACUUAGGGAAGGGAUUCACUUGCUCAUCUGAACUGAAGGUACAUCAGCGAGUUCACACUGGGGAGAGGCCGUUCACGUGCUCAGAGUGUGGGAAGGGAUUCACUAAAUCAUCUAACCUCCUGAGCCACCAGUCAGUUCACACUGGCGAGCGGCCUGCUCAGACUGUGGGAAGGGAUUCAGUUGCUCAUCCCAACUGAAGGUACAUCAGCGAGUUCACACUGGGAGAGGCCGUUCACCUGCUCAGUGUGUGGGAAGGUAUUGACUCAGUCAUCUCAUCUACAGACACACAGGCGAGUUCACACAGGAGAGAGGCCGAUCAGCUGCUGAGACUUUGGGAAGUAAUUCUAUCAGCAAAAUCAACCAAAUGUGCAUCAUUGAGUUCACAGUGGGGAGAGGCCGUUCACCUGCUGUGAAUGUGGGGAGCGAUUCACUCAGGUCAUUUAACCUUAUGUAACUCUUGCUUCAGCUAGCAACUUAAUAUAGGGGGUGAUAGCCCCUGAGCUUGGCCAAACCUAAGAAAUCUCGUUUGUGUGAAUGCUGCAUGAUGUGUCCCCUGUUACAAAUCAGUACCCCAAAAAUAACAAAUGGUACACAAUAUGCGAUUAAACAAUUGAGCUAUUUAAUUCUUACUUUGACUAUGGGAUUAGUAAAGGAAACAAAUAAAGGUAAAAGGGCCCUUUCUCUCCAUUUGUGUCUUCUCAUCUCUCCCUGGCAAAAGACCGUGAAAAUCUACCUUCCAGACUCACAGGAAAGGACAAUAUCUUUAUCAUUGGAUAGCUAGGCACUCCAAAACCCUGUUAUUUCUAGUCAUAAGCUAAACAUUGCUGCUGCAGAGAAAUCAUUAGCUCAGCAGUGAAAUAUAACACAGACACCAUUACAUUAGCAGUGAAAUCUCACAGCCUGUUACAUUUGUGACACACUACCAGCUUCACACAGCGGAAAAAGUUUCAAUAAGUUGCAUGCUGGAUAUUUGUCCAUCACUGUUGCUAAAGCUAUUUUGAGAGUGACUAUCAAUGCUGAACUCUGCAAUUAUUGCUGCUGCUCACUGCAUUCAGUUCUGGGCACAGGAGGAGUUUCUUCUACUGCAUAUUCACCUUUAAUGGGACUGGAGUUUAAUAUUGACGGGGGUGGCGUGUGGCCAGUAAAGAAGUGGAGCUUUGAGGCUUUGGCUCAAGUAGUUUUGGCAGAUGGAUUGUGCAAUCAAGUCAAUCAAGAUGUGAAUAGCUCCUGGAGGCUACGCCUGUCUGUGAAUGGAGUAACAUCAGUUUCUGAGCUGCUAGUUUUGUCCCUUUCCCCCUAGUUUAAACCAAAUUUAAUAUCUUGAGUUGCUGAUUUUUGAAGGGGAACAAUAUGUCUUUGAGGAGUGGGAAAUACUUGUCUGAACCUAGUGAUAAAGGCAACGGGAAAGGAAAGAUGCAAAAGGAAGGAUCUGAUGAAAUGCCAUUGUGGGCUGAAGAUAUGGCUUUGAAACAGUUCAUUUAAAGACUAACUUAAAAAGAAUAGUAAUGAAAUGAUGUCAUUUCUGGGAAAACUUAAGGAUCUGGAAGCUCAAGUCACUACACAGAAAGAGGAAUUGAAGAUAAUUAAGCAAAAAUUGCUUGAAAGUAAAAUGAAGUAAAACUCGUUUGGAAAGAUAUCUAAAUAAUAUUAUAGACCUCGAAACUAGGUCUUGCCGAAGGAAUAUACAAAUUGUUGGGCUGCAGGAAGGAGUUGAAAAUGGAGAUUUAACUGCUUACAUUGGUAAGCUUUCUCAUACCCUUAUUUCCUUCUGUAUUAUCACAGCCGCCUACUAUAGAAAGAGCAGACAGAACUUUUACUUUGAGAUCUCAAGAUCCAGAUAAAGCAAGGGCUUUUCUGGUUUGUUUUUAUUAUUUUAAGAUUAAAGGUCAAAUAAUGUGACAGGCAAGAAAACAAGAGUUUUUAGAUUUGAGACAUCUGAGCUUGGUUUUUAUGAAGAUUAUUCAAAGGAGGUAAUGGAACAAAGAUCAAAAUUUGCUUUGGUAAUGAAACAGGCAUAUGAUAAGAAAUUGUUUCCUUCCUUGCGUCACCCAACAAGAAUUAAAGUUUUUCCUCCUGAUUCUCCUCCUCGUAUAUUUUGUGAUCAGAAAGUUGCACUGGCGUUUGUUUAAACUAUAUCUGCUGCGACUGCCGAUUGAACUGUCUGGCAUAUUAUCUGCAUAAUAGCAUUUUGGAAAGAAGAUUUAUGAAGACUACUUGGACAUUUCAUUGAGAGACUAUUAAAAGAAGAUUAGGGGACAUUUAUUAUUGCAUAUCAUUUUUUUUUUGGUAAGAGGAUUGAUGGUUCAAGUAUGACUGUUUAAAUGGUUAUUUGGACAUUCGACGGAGGAAAAGAACAUAAAAGGACUUGUUCCUUUAACCUAAUAUCUGGUUUGAUUUUUUUUUGUGUUUUUUUCUUAAUUAAAUAACUGGCAGUUUUUCCUUCUAAUGGGGCAAUUUCCUUCUCUUAUAUAUACUUAGCGGAGGUUUCAAUUACUUGCAUAAUAUUAUUAGUUUUCAAGAUUGUGUUGAUCUGUUAUUAAACACUAUGCUUGGUUUCUCUAGGUAAUAUGUUUUAGAUUUUAAUAACUGCUUAUUUUUUAAAUUCUUUUCAACAUAUUAAUAUGUUUUUUAUAUAAUGAAUAUUAUUGCAUCUUAUAACUGAAUUUAAAGCCUUUUUAGGGGAUUUAAUGUUAAGUUUAAGAAGGAGCUGUUUUUUUCUUUUUAAGAGAUAACAAUUUUUUGGUUUCCUCUUUGUUUUAAAAAAAGACUAAAUAUAAACAUGGGAUAGUUUGUAGAUGCUGGAAUGUAAACAUUUUCCUUUGUUGAGACUGUCAUUCAAAGGGAUAGAGAACCUUUUUUAAUCUUUUUUUUCAGACAGACAGAGCAGUCUUGGUUGCGUUUUCUAUCAUAGGGUGCCUCAUUUUUCUGGGCUGUGGGGGGAGUGGGAUGGGGUUAGAAUUAGGGUUUUUGUCCCAUUGGGUGGUUCCGGAGCAUGUGUGUUUUCUGUGUGGUUGUACUGUCCAUCGCCACCAUUUUUGAUCAUCCCUUAUUGGUAUGUGCUCGGCACAUGUGUAAAGUAGAAUAAAAUUAUAGUUUGGAAUCUAAACUCAUUAAUGUAAUACGUUGGAAUGUAUGUGGUUGGAAUCAUCCUAUCAAAUGAAAAAAGACUUUUAAAAUCAUCAAUCGAUUUCAACCUGGUACAAUUUUUUGCCUAGGAGACGCAUAUAAAGGCGGGAGAUCAAAAUAGGUUUUUUGGAUCGUGGAAGAGUUUGCAAUUUCACUCCACUUCUCAAAGUAAAACUAAGGGAGUGUCUAUUUUUAUUAAAUCCAAUAUUUUGUUCAUUCAAGAGGACAUUAAGUCAGAUUUUUUUGUCGAUUUUUAAUUGUUAAAGGAAUAAUUUGUAACAGAAAAGCUGUUUUGGCCAAUUUGUAUGGUCCUAACUUAGAUGAUAUUUUUUUAAAAAAUGUAUUUGCUUUACUGCCUCAUUUAAAUGAAUAUAUGUUAAUAAUGGGCGGGGAUUUUAACUGUUGUUUAAAUCCUUUGACAAGAGCUGAACCAACCAGCAACUUCCAAAUCACUCCGCAUUACUUAUUAAUUCCUUUUUGACCGAUUUUUGGAUUGAUUGAAUUAUGCAGAUAUUUACAGCCUGAUGACAGAGAAUAUUCUUUUUUGUCACAUGUUUAUAGAAAAUAUUCAAGGAUCGAUUAUAUUACAGUUGACCCUUACUUCUUGCCUACUGUUAAGAAUUGUGAAUAUGACACUCUCGCUGUUUCUGCUCAUGCAGCUUUCAGUUUGUCUUUCGAAUUCGAUGAUGCCAUCCUAGCCCACCCACCUUGGCACCUGUCUCAGACAUCAUUGCAGAAUUCAGACUUUGUUAGUUUCAUUGAGAAACAGGUAAAAUAUUUUUUUUUCUUUUUGAUGUUUUAGGGGGUACAUCUAAAUUAAUCAUAUAGGAUACAUUUAGAGCAUUUUAAGGUGGUCAGAUCAUUUCUUAUUCUAACCUGAAAAAAACAGACUAAAUUAGAAUUAGAUAUGAUUACAAAACAAGUUAAAGUCCGAUAAUACUUAUGCAAUUUCCCGUAAUAUUGACUUAUUUAAACAAAGGAUGGAACUUAAAUCACAAUAUAAUUUAUUAUUAACUCAUCCUAUUGAAGGCUAUUUGCUUAAGCUAAAAAGUCAAUAUUAUAUGUUUGAGAUAAAAAUAAUAAACUGCGUGUCAAUUAAAAACGGCCAGAGCCAAAAGGCAAAUUUUGAAAAUCUGUAAGGAAGUUUGUACCCUUGCUUGGGAAUAUGAAGACAUUAAUAAGAUUUUUAUACUGAACUUUAUAAAUCUAAAUUUCCUGUCGAUUCUUCUAAAAUGAAUUUUUUUUUACGAAAGAUUGUUUUU